GCCUUAAACAGCAGAUUCUGAUGGAUCCGCAGCUGAACUGGAAAGUUCGAAGCACAAUCUGAAGAGACCUCCGAGGCUUGUGGUCUAACAAGGUGAGUUCACUUUGAUUUAUGUGUCUGUUGCUCUUUUUACAUCUUUUUAGUUUUACUUUAACUCAUUUCAGCUCUGUAAACAAACAUGAAGGCUCACAGUCAGCUGUAGAAAUAAAAGUUUGGUUAUUUUCAGCUCGCUCAAUUUCACUCAACUUCUGAAGCUGAGAGAUUUUCCUUUUCCAGCUCUGUGAAGGUGAAUCAACCUGUCGACAAACUCCUGCAGAAAGGUGAUACAAGGCUCAGCUGUAACUUUUCUAAAACUGUUUUCAAACUACUUUUUUUCUCUACUUUGAGUUGUGUUUUUAGUCAAAGCUGUGAUUUUUCACCUGAUGCACGGUUAAUUCAUGCAGCUGAUUCUUUAUGUCGAUAUUUUUUGCUGUAAGUCUACAAAAGGCACUGACUGGGGUGUGCUUUUGUGUGUCUGUCAGCUCAUGCACAGCGCUGUGGUAUUUGGUUCCUGAUCCAGACUGAGGGUAAUUAUAGUUGGAUACUGUUUCAGCCUCGGACCGUACAUUUUCUCACAUUCUUUCUUCACACCUCACUCAGUGUAUUUUUCUAUCUUUCCUCUACUUUGUUUCUCUGCUUCCUCACCUGCAAACUGAGAUAUUCUGGGUCAUGCAACAUGUUUGCCCCCAUGGCCUAAUGCCAGCCUUUUGGCAUCCUCACUGGAGUGUCUGACAGCUCCAGAGUAGGCUGCAGUGUGGUAGACAUGCAUGCAUGGUGGCAAGAGCUGCUCUGGUGCACACAAACACUGAGUGAUUCAGGGAUGUCCUAUGACAGAGGGGCUAAACCUGUAAGAUUGCACCCCCUUAUGGUGUUAUGUGAACCUAGUGUGGAUGAACUUUGAACGUCUGGAAAGAAAAGGACAAAAGUUUUAUUGUAAUUCAGAAUCCUAAAAAUGAGGGAUGCCCGGUCAGGUUUUUCACUUUUUUUCCUUUCACCCCUCUUCCCCUGCAACAAGAAGAGCUUCAAUGGGACUUUACAUGUAUAUGUCUGCCUCUCAAUGUCUGUGUGCUUGAGUUCUUCACGCUCCUUUUUGGAACCACAGCCAGAAAACAGUCGUGCAUUUGGAGAACUCUCCCUUUGCCCGGUCAGCCUCACGUGUCCCCCCCCCCCCCACCUCUCUUCCUACUCUGACUCUCCCCUCAUCUCCCCUCAGGACCAUUCACUUUUCCGGGCACAUGGGAAGUGCUCAGAGUUCAUUCCUGCUCCUAAUGCUGGUGGUGGUGGUGGUGGUGGUGGUGUGCAGAGGCAACUAAAUGCUGCCCCCCGCCCUCCCCCAUAACAAACCCACCCCUCCUCGUGUCACCUCCUGUAGUGCUUUGGGUCUUGUGAAGCAUUCCCCAGCUUUGCUGUCAUCACCACUCAAACUCUGCAGGCUACUGUACAGAUUCCUUUGACUCUGUCAUGUCACUAAAUCCAGGGACACCUCCUGAGCAGCAGACAGCAUUUUAGGGAAUAAUGGACUAAAAUUUGGACCUGCACAUAGACUUAACAUUAGUUUAGCUCCGUUGUGCAGAAUAUUGCUUAAAACCACCAAACUUAAUCAUGCCAUUCCUUGUUUGUCUGCAUAGGUGUCAACCAGUAUUAGUUUUUGAAGGGCAGUUACUGAUACUAAUAGUAGUAGAUAGGGCUGGGCGACAAAACAAUAAUGAUAUAUAUCGAAAAUGAGUUUCCCUCAAUAUCGAUAUAAAACAUGGUCAAUAUCCUUUUCGAUAGUCGGCAUUCUGCUGUGUUUUUGCAGACUAUAUGAAUAGCCAAUGAAAAGGGGAGUUGCUCAUGUGCUAAAUUAGAACCAAGUAGCAAACAACUGCAUAGUAGCAGGCUGGAGCUACACACAACCAUAGCACUUUAACUUGUGAAGCCGACAGCACUGUCGGGGAGAAAAUACAGAUGAAGGCUCAACAGAUGAUGACAUUGUCGACCACACUGGCACGAAAAUGUUGGUAGUCUGGAGGUAUUUUGUUUUUUUUUAAGGUCGGACAUGAAGCAGAGUAAUGUGCACCACAAACUAUUUUGAGUACAUGUCUUCGCAUAGUCGGGGAAUACCUCAAAUCUUUUGCAAAAGGUUACAAACCUCAUGUGGAGCAAGGAGCUCAUGGCGCCUGUGCAGCCGAAACAGCUGACCAUUCAGUCCGCUUUCUCUCGCGCAACGCCUUACGACAAAACAUUGAAGAGACACAAAGACCUCACAGGUGCGGUAGCUUAUUGUAUUGCAAAAGACAUGCUACCAAUGCUAAAUUUCAUUUUUUAUAUCCUGUUAUCAGUAUCAGCUGAUAUGAAAAAAAUAUAUUGUGAUAAACUUUUUCCCAUAUCGCCCAGCCCUAGUCGUACAUUAUGAGACUGAUUGUUGUAACUGAUGUACACUGACUGCAAAACUUUUAAUUAAAAUUUAGAAACUGUUAUAAGAAUAGAAGCCUUCAAGAAUAACUGUGUUGAAAACUUGGCUCAAAUGCCUUCAGUGAAUGUUUCAUUAUAAUUGGAACAUUUAACAUCAUGUACAGGAGUUAACAGUUCACCUGUGACACUUAACAGCAAGGAUGCAAAGUAAAAGACCUGUAUAAAUGAUUGGUCCUGAUAUUCAGUCCACCCCCGUCUGCAAAUGACAAAAAAAGAAACAUAAAUAUGCCUAAAGUAGCCUCAUCAUUUUGUGUGCCUGAAGCCACACUGAAUUUUAGUUGAAAUAACAAUUUAAAACCUGAACAGAGACAGGCAGGAUUUACUUUCUCUCUCUUUUUUUUAAUUAAAUAAAAGAGGCCUUAACCUCACAGAUGAUGACUCAAUACAAACACCAUUAAAUCUUCUGAUAACACGUCCAUAAGUCCACACAUAAAUUUGGAUAUUAAGUAUUGUUACUUUUGAUUCCUUGCCAGAUUCCUCAAACCAGUUUUCGGUUUCUGUUUUUGAACAUUCCACAUCCUGCAUUUCUCUCUUGUUUUUUUUUUUCUUGUCACACAGUAUACCCACUGUAGCUGCGAAUAUCUUGUGCACUCUCUGCUCUGUCUCUGCCUGUCAGCGGGAGUAAAUGUGCACAGACACGCAGACGGCCUCAGGCUGUCUGUGACAUGCCUGCUGCCUUCCUGUGAACCUGUAUUCUGCUCUUCUGUGGCAUUUAGAGUGUGCUAUAGCAGAUAAUCACUUUGUUUUCAAUCCUUCAUCUUACUCGCUUAAUGAAACGCCGUUUUCCGUGAAAUACGCUCUUCUUCUUUCGCUCCUUUUGAGGUCCAAACUAAUGCCUUCAUGUGUAACUUGGCAGUGCAGUGAGCUCUGUUGAUACAAAUCUCUCCCCUUCGCAGUGAGGCUGCAUUUAUUUUCCAUUAGUUUAUGUGUGUGCCAUUUCUUUUGUAUGGUGUCUUCCCAGCAGUAAAAGCUUGGAACACAAUGGCCCCUGUCUGGGCUCUGACAAUAGCCUUUAUGAAUGGGAGUGAAAGAGGAGGGAGUGAUGGAAAGAGGCAUCAAGGGAGCUACAGGACGCUUUCUUGUCAUAUUUUGGAUGUGUCAUAUUUCACAAAUCUCUAUAUUUUGUGUUUCUGAAGCUACUGAAAUGAUUUAAAGGGAUCAUCAGCUGUUUUUUUCUGCCCCUGCAGGUUUCAAAUUAUAAAUGUGCAGGUUUAAUUCUGAUGCGUUAUUGUUUAAAGUAAACUCUGAGUAUGGCAUCACUUUGCCCAUGCAGAAAAGGGACCCAGCAUGGUUUAAAACGAGGGGAGGGGUGUGAUAUCACUCUUUAUCCCCUCUCCUAUUGGGUACCGGGGGAGAAAGUGGGUGAGAGGUUGAGGGGUGUGCGGGGAGGGGAGUAGAUGUGGGAAAGCGCAGAUUUAUUCUGUGAGGUGAAUUCCUCACGGAGAGGAAGAUGAAUGGUUAUAGAGAGAGGGGCUGCAACCGGCAGCGUUGGGAGUUUGUUUAGGGUUUUGAGUUAUUCUUUGGUCGGUUUUUGUCUUUUGUUUCUUUUUCUUUCAUUCACUUGUAAUUUUGUUGAUAAAGUUUUAGGCAGGGGAAUCACGGGGCUGGGCUACGUUGUUCCUCCCCCUCACCCUAUCUCUCCUCAUCAGCCCCUCGCUACUGUAUACACCCCGGGGUCUCUCUCUCUCUCUCUCUCUCUCUCUCUCUUUCUCUCUCUCUCUCCUUCUGUUGAAUGAAAGGGUGGGACAUCAUGACUGAGAGUAACCCCAAUGCCUGUUUCUGUUAAGCCAAUCAUUAUUACUUCCUCAUGUCUCUCCACCAACAACACCCCUCCUCCCCUGUGUGAAGCUCAGGCCUUUUCUUCUCCUUUCCUCCAUCUGAGCAGUGCCAAGCAUGCAGCCCAGUGUGGUGCAGCCUUUUAACCAGACUCUUACACCGACUAUUAACUGUUUCAUGAGUGGAUUCAAGUUUUUGAUGUUAUAUUUUAGGCUUUGUUUGCAGAAUAUGAACAGAAAUCACAGAUAGGUUUCUCUGCUGUCGUGACGUGCGACCGCAUGUGUGUGAAUAGAAAGAGGGAGCUGCGUGGAAUCUGAUAAACUGCCUGAAGUAAAGUAACCCUAGGCAGCAACAAAAUAGUUUUGAAACGGGGUGUGGAGUUCGAAAGAGUGAGGUAAUAAGACCUCACUAGCUCCCCAUCUCUGCCCGAGGCGAGCUACACAGGGCGACGUAAGGUGCUGCUUGCAUAACAUAUCAGAACCGCUGCUUUAACUGUCAACGGUCAAGUUGCAUUGUGGGUAAUAAAUGCACCAGGUUUUGACAAGCCGGGAACAUACUCAGACUGAAACAGAUCAGUCCUGGUUCUGUUUGGCUGUGAUACAGAAAAAGCUAAACAGAAUCAAUCACGACUUGUUUACUGUCAAGGAUUUUUCCAGUCGGCAGUAUUUUGCUGUGAGUAUCAGAGUGUCAAGAAAGCUACAAACAAAAUGUCCAUGAUUUAAUGACUUGGAAUCAAGAUAACUUUCUCAUUCCUUCCUUAAUUGAUUUUCUUCUAUUCGCAGCUUCUGUGAUGAGUUUUAGAUGAUUAUGAAACACAGAUUAACACUGAUGCCUCUUAAAAAGACCAAUCGAGGCAAAUAAAACCACCAGCAACCAGACUAACUGUUCCUAUGUGGUGACGGUUAAAUUUUUAAUGCUGGUAACACAUGAGGGAGUAUGUGUUAAACCAGAUAAUCGGCUAGCCAAGAAACAGCCUGGGGAGAGAUUUUUACUGUUUGCUUUUCAGAAAAACUCGACUUGAGGUCCUUUUAACACCGGGAACGAUGCAAAUAUACGACGCGAAAUUACGAAAUGUUCUGAGGCGAAUUUUGAUGAGGUAUUUCUUUGUCCACAGGGGGCGCCAAAGUUCACACAAUCAUAAAGUUCCUCACAGGAGCUUUAACAUGUACCAAAGAAUGGCUUCUUAGUAAAUGAGAAACCCACUUGUCAUGGUUUUUGCAGAUAAACGUUUUGGAGUAAUUAGCCAGUGAGCUGAUAUGAAGUAAAUAUUUCAGUCUGUUUCCACGUAUUUGAAUGAGAGGAUUUAAUGCUCAACUUACAGUUAUGAGACUGACCAUCUUCAGGAUAUGAACUGAUAAUGUCUGAUAUUGUUGCCAAGAGGAAGAAGAGAAGAUACACAUACUUUUUUAAUGUUAUAUUUUCAUGUUUUUAUGUUUUAUGUUACGUCAUUUUUCUUCUUUUUUUUUAGUAUUUUCAUAGUAAGAAUUUUACUUACAUUUAACCAGGAAAGCCUCAUUGAGAUACAAAAUCUCUGUUUCAAAAGUGUCUUGGCCAAAAACUGCAGCACUACAGUCCAACAAAGUUACAGACAUACAGUCAUUAAAGUAAUUACAAAACGUGUAUCAACAUUUCCUUAAUAUUACAGCAGAAAGUCAUCAUCCAAAUCAUCUACAGCCUGAUGCAUCAUCCCCUAAUUCCUUCAAUCAAGGAACAGCAUACAAAAAACUCCUCUGUCAAGCAGCUCAAAGGAAACCAUGAUGAUAUUUUUGGUCAAGAAAUUCUACCAGGGAAAGUACGUUUGGAGGAAGUUAAACAAAGAGACAAGAUGUAUUAUUGUGUCCACGGGAGGGAGCCAAAAACGUCACAAAUUAUUCCCACCAAGGCUGUCACAACAUUGGGGGAAUGACAAUAACGGGCUUUAAAGAAGGAUGGAAGAAGACGUAGCAGGUAGCCUUCCAAUAAAUGAUUCGACACGUUUAAAAAAACUGAUGUACAAGAUUUAUUGUUGAUCCAAAAACAAUGUUAGAGCUCCUGCUUCUUUGAUUUACCAAUCAACCAGACCGGUCUUCCUAUAGUAUCUAACUGCGCCUCUGUAACUUACCAUUUACUGGAAGUGGUAUACUUCAUAAUAAAAGCAUAGCUGGACAAUGUGAGACGGACAAAAGAGUCAAAAUAAAAUGUCUCCUCCAGAGAAGUUCAGGUCACAGGGCUGGUGGUGUGGCUGAAUCACACAUUUGGUUUAUGAAUAAAUAAACAUAAAUCAUCCAACCUGACUUAACCCACUACAGGAUUCUGCAUGUCUUGAAUUACUGUGCUAAUAAGCUUUGGGGAUUUUAAGGUCAUAUAUAACCUUUACUUGGUCUCUCUGUCUCUCUCCCUCUCCUUCUCUCUUUCAUCUCCUUUCAGCUAUGCAUUUCCAGGAGUGGUUACGGUCACUUCGUUCCAGCGCUGGACUAAAAGGAUCUGAAUCUGAGGACUUCUGGAAUCUUCUACCGUCUCUGCCCCUCUCCUCUUUCUCCCUGUCCUCUCUGUCUCUGUCCCCCACGUCUCUGCUGGGUUUAGGAGCUCUUGCCUCUCUCACCGCGUACUGGCUGGUGACUCGCCCUCGACCCAUGCGUCCCCCCUGUGAUCUCCAGGCCCAGUCUGUAGCUGUCAAUGUGAGUGAUCAUGCUGGCUUUAAGCAUCAAAGAGGUCGUGUAUUUCUUGUGAAUGGAGCACAUCAUUAUUAGCAGGAGACUGGCAGUGUAUUUAACUUUUGGAUUGUGUGUGUGUGUGUGUGUGUGUGUGUGUGUUUUGCAGGGAGAUCCCAGCUGCAGGCGAUCGGCUCUGCUUAAAGAUGAUUCACUGCUGGAUUUUUACUACGAUGACACCAAGACGGCCUACGACAUGUUCCAGAGAGGCCUGAGGAUAGCAGGUGGUGUCAUCUCCACAACCUAAUUUACCGAAUCUUGUCCUCAAUUUAUCCUGUCAUUGUUUUGAAGCCGAGGCCAGACAAUGGCGAUAACAGAAAAUGACUUGUCUGCUGUAAAUCUUGCACAGGGAGACAGUUUUUUCUAACUAUUGUCCCAUCAGGUCCCUUCAGUCUGAUGAAAGACUAUCAAGCUGCAGUCAUAGAACUUAAGAAAUACUUUAAAACAUGAUACUUAUCUACAAAUAACUUGUUUUUUAUAUAUUCUUGUCUGCUGUUAGCACCAUUAUUUCUCGUUUGGUGUUUUUAUACAAUUUCAUUCGCCCAUGUUUGGUGAACACAUCCUCAAAAUAACGUUUAUUAAAAAAAUGUAUGGGUCUGUAUUAGGGCCCGACUGAUUUGUCAGCGAGCCGAUUAAAUUGGCCAAUUUUAGCCCGUUUGAGACUACUUGGUAAUCGGCCAAAACUCGCAGAUUUUCGCCGAUAUUUUCAGAAAUAAAAUGCGGAGAAUAAGAGUUGGUUUGAAAAUGUUCUGCCAUUUAAAAAGUUCCCCGACUUAUCCUGUAGAUGGCGCAGCGACCUAAUGACAAUCUUCAUCCACUAACUUCCUCACAGCACAGCUGAUCUGAAGCAUAUAUAAUUUUUAUAACUUCAUAAAAAUUUUAAUAAAUUGGCCGAUUACUUCGUAAUCGGACCCCCCCCCCCAAUCAUCAGUAUCGGCCCCAAAAAUCCAUAUCGGUCUGGCCCUAGUCUGUUUCUACCUUCAACAGUCAUUCGUUAUAAACUUAACAAUUAACAUAAAAUUGCAUUAAUAUUAAACUUUGUAUUUUCAUUUAUUUAUGAUUAUUUGGAUAUUCAGGGUCCCCUGUCUUCUAUUUGGACCCCACUCCCCAAAUGUUGCAUUACUUUAUGCUGGUGUGAGAUCUCUGUUUGCUUUACUGCAGGAAAUGGACCAUGUCUUGGCUUCAGAAAGCCAAAGCAGCCCUACCAGUGGAUCUCCUACACCGAGGUUAGACACGUGUCAGUGUUGUCUCAUUUCAUCUUUUAGGAUUUUGUUGUUUCUUGACUGAGCAUCUUCAUUGUCUUCAGGUGGCUGAGAAGGCCCAGCUCCUGGGCUCAGGGCUCCUGGCUAAAGGUUGUCAGCCCAAUUCUCAGCAGUUUGUUGGGAUAUUUGCACAAAACAGACCAGAGGUAAGGAAUCAUCCCUGUGAGGUUCAAGAAUCGAUCUAAUAACUUUUUACACACAGAUAAUUCUUGUCUUUAAUCAAGAUUAUUGAUCCCCAAUCCUCUGAAAGCUCCAGAGUCAUAAGAUCAAACUUCCUUUAUAAGCAGCUCUUCGUGGAGGUCUGUGAAUGCUUUUCCUUCUAUUUGAGCUCAGGACCACUUUUCUGAUCAAUUUCAAAUUAAAACAUGAUUGCCUUUAGCACCCUGGAAGUUUUGCUCUUUUUCAUUUUGAGUGCCAGUGAUCUCCAGGGUAGUUUGUGUUCGAUGGUGCCGCCUCCCAAACAAAUUUUUUAAUAUCACCAUCAGGCAAAACCGCUUUAGUUAUUCCUGUGUGACACUGAGAGUAAAAGAUAAUUUUCUGCUCCAUCAGAGCUCUUACCUUCUCAUCAGACACAUCUAAAUUCAGACUGCUGUGUUUUUUGUCUGGAUUUAAACAUGUUUUUCAGUUUGUUUUUCUAGUUUUUAUGAAAUGCACAGUGAAGUAGAUCAUAACGCUUCAAUGUUUAGAUACCAAACUCACAGUCAGCAGAGGCAUCGGCUGUCGGUGAGUCUGACUGUGCUGCUUUGUCUCCCUCUGCUGGUGACAGUGGAUGAUCUCAGAGCUGGCCUGCUACACCUACUCCAUGGCGGUGGUGCCGCUGUAUGACACACUGGGACUGGAGGCCAUGGUCCACAUCCUGAACCUGGGUGAGAAACCUACAUGUAGAAUUAUUGUGAAUAAUAUUGAUGGAAAAUUCAGCACAAAACAUGAACUUUCAAGACUGCAAUGAUGAGCAAGAGACAGUGUCCUUUCUAACAGUUAAAACUCAUUCAAAAGGUGAAGGAUAUAACCAGAUAAGGGUGUCCUGAUACAACUUUUUGACUUCAGAUACGAUGCCAAAGUUGUAGCCUUUAAUAUUGACCGAUACCAAUAUUGAUCUGAUAUUGGCACAACAUUGUGCAUGACAAGUUUUUCACUCAACUGCAAUGUCUUUUUCGGACUUAAACAAGGCCGACAUCACUCUUACUCUUUGCUACUUUGUUAGUACCUCAGUACACACUGUUGUUGUGAUUUUGGGGGCUCAACUUGCUGGAUCAGGGCGCUGCUAGAUAGAGGUGCCGGAGCAGAGUCUGGAAUGGACUUCUUAUAUCAGAGUGUUGAUAUAGGAGAUUUUAGAUGCAGGCUGAUAUAAUCCGUUAUUCAUUUUCUGUUGAUAUCGGACCAGUAUCUGAUAUCAGUAUCGUAUCUGGACAUCCCUAUAAUUAGGGAUGGGAAUCAAGAACCGGUUCUUGUUGAGAAUCCGUUCCAAAUGGUUCAAUCCAUUGACAUCAUUUACAUUAUCUCUUUAUGAUUCACUUAACAAUUCCUUUCUUCUGGGUGCUUUAAAAAACAGUUUCGCGAGAGCCAAUUUACGUGAACGAGAACAGAGACAGAGAAAAAAGCAUGGCAGACAGUAUGAAAAGUAGGCAGAAACUAUCUAGAGCGUGGCUUCAUUUUACUUAGAGAGGCGAGAACAGCGUGACGUGCAACGUGUGUCGAGCAGUGAGAACAUGCAAAGGUGGAAACACCAGCAACAUGCUUAAACAUUUGACAACGGGGCACGGCAUUAAAUAUAUACAUUUUCACUGUUAUCAGAGACUCAAUAAAAAUUUUGAGUUAACGAUGAAAACCUUUAGUCUACCUUUUUUUUUGUAAAAUCAAAGAAAGGCAUUGAUAGGGGAAUCAUUAAAGAAUUGAAUCGAUAAGCAGAAUCAAUAAUGGCAUCGAUAUCGAUAAAAUCUUAUCAAUUCCCAUCCCUACCUAUAAUCAGAGUUUUACCUCAGCUGCUAAGACACAUUUCUUAAAAAGCUUCCAUGCUUUACACUAAACUGUGAAUACAAAGCCCAGUUUUUAAAUGACCUUUGCAAACUGAAAAACAGAGCAGUCUAAUGUUGCUGCAGCAUAAAAGUUCAUUAUGUACGAAUACGUGUUUUACAAAUGAAAUACUCAAGGAAAAAACAUGUUUUCAUAACUGAACAGUUGCUUCAGAGAGAAGUCAACAAUGGAAACAUGAAGAGACUCCUGCACAUUGUCAUUUCCCUUCCGACUCCAACAUUUUCUCUAUUUCUGCCAGACCUUUUGUCAGUUUGAUUCAUCUUCAUAAAACUUGGCCUUGUGCCUUUUUCCUAACAAUAACAGAGCAGCAGACUCUGCAUCUCUCUCACUGUGUGAUUACACACCUUGUAUCCUGCAUAGAUGGUCGACUCAGAGACGGAGUCUCACUGCGUUUGUGUAGUCCUGGUCUCCCUUGUUCUCUACCACCUCUCAUACACUCAGACCGUCUCCAUCUCUCUUUGAUAUCACCCUCUAGCCCACCUGUACAGCCUGAACUUGAUUAUAUUGGUUUCAUCUCAUCAUUAGCAGCAAGCGUUUCCAGUUUUUGAGAUGUAGUGUGUGAACUCUGAGACCUCUGCAUCAUAAGUGCAUCAUUGCAAAAUGUGUUUCAGUAAGAGGAAAGAAUUUUUCGCACAAAACAGUGUAUGAGAUAAAGAGAUUUAAUGUAAUCCAAUAUAACCUCUGUACCGUAAACUCUACUCUCUUUAGAAAGCGUCGCAGUAUUUAGUUUUUGUCAACAUGAUCAGACUGGUAGUUAUUGGACUUUAUAUAUAUUUGUGAGGACACUCUGGUGUGUUUCAUCAAGUUCUUAAAAUUGUGUCCACUUCAUUUAAAAGACCUCUGAGGGACUAAAUAUUAGGAACACUUACCACUACAACUUCAACAAAUACAUUUAAAGAACGAUUAUCAGACGUCUGACAGUGUCAACGAAAACUGGAAAAUCAGAAGCUUCCUGAAAGUUGAAUUUGUGGACAUUGCAUUAGAUUACUGAUAUAUAUUCACCAUGUUAUGUCUCAUCAGUGUAUGACUGUAAAAAAUGGAUGUGAGACAACCACAGUUUCAUGUUAGGACCUAAAGAACAAUUAUCCCUCAAUCAGAGUCAGAGAUGUAUUAGUUCUCAUCACAGUGUGCUUUUGCGACUCUUCUUUGAGUGCACUCGUACAAUAUCAGUCACGUUGUGUCUCGGUGUCUCGUCAGCUGAGAUCUCCCUGGUGAUCUGCGAUCGGGAGGAGAAGGCCGCGGCUCUGCUCGAGAACAAGGAGAAAGGCGAGACCCCGACGCUCUCCUGUCUGGUUCUCUUUAACGAUUUCAGCGACGCUUUCGUGGAGAGGGCGAAAAAAUGCGAGGUGGAGGUUUUGAAACUAGAGCAGCUCAUGGUGAGUGGAGUGGAAGUACUAAAUCCUUGCAAUGCACUCAUUUGAGUCCAUCCCCUCUAAUUUAGUCAUGAAUGGUGAUAAGUAAAUUGUAUGAAUAACUCCUCCUUGUCCACAUCUUAGGACCUGGGCAGGCAGAACCUCAAAGACCCUGUGGUGAGUCUCUCAGCUGCUACAUCGCCGCAUCAAACUGGUCCCAGUAAAUAGCUAAUCCCCCUCUAAAUUUGGGGAUUAUAGUGUUAUCCUUGCGAGAUGUUAUUAAGGCUCACCUAUAAACAUGGUUUGAAUUAAGAGAGGAGGACGCCUGUUGUCACAUUCUCAUAUUUUAUUGCCUCCUGCUGUAGCCGCCCCAGCCUCAGGAUCUGGCCGUGGUUUGCUUCACCAGUGGAACCACAGGUAGCGUCUGAUUUCUGCUCAAUUAUCCCUCGCUCACAUCAUUAGACGAGUGUCCUUCAGUGCCCACUAACAACCUCUCCUCAUGGCACUGCUGUAGUUUCCUUUGUCGCACAGGGCACUGCAAUAAUGCUUUGUUUAUUUAUCCAGGGAAGCCCAAGGGAGCCAUGAUCACCCACGGCAACAUCGCCUCCAACACUUCCUCUGUCAUUAAGAUCCUGGAGGUCUGUCUGUACUUCCACCUCCUUGUCUAAUUGAGAACAGGCUCACAGCUAGCAUCACAUCCCGUCUGCAUGUGUGUCUGUGUCUCCAAACUGUCCCUCUCCCUGCUGUGGCUAAUGGUAUGAUUAAUUGGCUGUUUGAUUGCCCCUGUCGCUGCAAGGUACUUUAACUAAUUGCCCCUGUAUAAAGACGCAGCUAUCUAACUGCUGCUGGGAAAGACAUACAGCUUGUUUGAUUGCCUGAGAGACGUUAUGUCUCCCCUGUGUUUUGCUCAUUCCUGUUUCUCGUUUUUUUUUUUUCUCUCUCAGGGUUCAUUUGUGAUCAGGCAGGAGGAUGUGUCGAUCUCCUACCUGCCGCUUGCCCACAUGUUUGAGAGGAUGAUCCAGGUAAUUCACCCCCCUUUUUUUUUAGAUCUGUCUAUAGAGCGUGUUCGCACAUGAAGCCUGAACUCAGACCUUUUCCGUCACAGGUGUCCAUGUUCUGCCACGGCGCCAGAGUAGGAUUCUACCAAGGCGACAUCUCUCUUCUCAUGGACGAUAUUAAAACUCUAAAACCCACCUUCUUCCCUGUCGUGCCUCGUUUACUCAAUCGCAUCUAUGACAAGGUCAGCACAUACAUUUACAUCUCGGUUUCUAGCAUAAUUCUCUGGUUUGGUUUUGUGUUUACAUUGUACUCUCUUUUUAUAAAGAUCCUUGGUUCAGUGACCUCUCCAUUACGGCGGGCUUUACUUCAUUACGCCGUGAGGAGAAAGCAGGCUGAGCUCAGCAGCGGGGUUGUGCGAAACAACAGCCUGUGGGACAAAUUGGUUUUCAACAGGAUCCAGGUUCAGUAUUAUUUCCCUAAUUUGCUGCUUUGAAUGUCACCACUGAAGACAAACACAACCAUCGGCCCCGAGUUAAUUUCACAUCAUGGCUUAUUUCCUGUCAGUCAACAACUCUGAUGGCGCCGCCGCUUACAUUUUUGCAGUACUUGACACCGAAGUGUAUGUGCACCAGCAGCCCUCCAUAUAGCUCAUGCGUCGGUAUCCAAACUUUCCAAGAGAGCAGUGUUCCAGCAAUCAAUGCCAAAAUCACCCAGAGCGUAUCAGCCCUGUGGGAGAGGACUGGGAAGGCAGGCGCACAGGCGAGGAAGAACCAAGAGGGUUUUUGGCUCGCUUUAGUCAAUGCAGACAGAAAUAUGGUUCAGGGUGGAAAUGUAUUCUGCUUGUAUUCUCGGUAUGAUUCUGUGUUCACCAUCUGACAAACUGCACGCACGCACGACUCCGCUUUCAGGCCAGCUUAGGAGGAAAUCUGCGGUUCGCCCUGACCGCUUCAGCACCCAUCUCCCCCGCAGUGCUGUCCUUCCUCAGGGCCACCAUGGGCUGUCUGAUCUUUGAGGGUUAUGGACAGACUGAGUGCACCGCAGGCUGCACUUUCUCCAUGCCUGGAGACUGGAGCGCAGGUAGGAAACCGCUGAAACUCUGCAAAUCAAUCAAAAUACAUUAUUAAAGGGCAAUGAUUGACCUGGCUGCACAAAUUCUGCUGGUUUGACUUUUGACCAAGACCCCUCUCUACCUCAGCAAAAACGCUCAAAACAAAUCACUAAGAGAAAUGAUUUGUUGUCAAUAGUUAGAGUAUCUGAUGAGAUGUUUGGCCCAAAAAAAGGUCAGAAAGUGGUGAAAAAUCCAAAUUUCCCAAAAAUGACUUUUCCUCUUGGUUGAGUCAGCAGUUAAAAGCUCUCAAACUUUUCAUGUAUUAAAUAACAAGCAACAAAUCUUGGAUUUCAAGAAGCUGGACCCAGCAGAUGUCUGACAUUUUAGCUUAAUAAAAAGUCACUGUGACGAUUGGUCUUUAAAAAAUAGUGAUUCAUGUUUUUCUGUUCGACUAAUCUACCGAUGAAUUAUUCAUUUAAGCUCUGAUCCUUAACUUGUUUUUCUGUCUGUGCUGGUUAAGUCUGUCCUCAGCAGCUGUGUGGAUUUGUCUUCAUCAGGUCAUGUCGGCGCUCCUCUUCCCUGUGCCAUGGUGAAGGUGGUCGACAUCCCUGACAUGAACUACUACGCUACAAACGGAGAAGGAGAGGUGUGCUUACCUGAACAUUUCAGACUCUUUUAUCAACUUGUCUCUUACCUGCUCAAACUCUUCAUGUCUCUGUCCUGUCAGAUCUGUAUUUAUGGCCCCAGUGUGUUCAGAGGUUACCUGAAGGACCCCGAUAGGACAGCCGAGGCCUUGGACAGUGAUGGCUGGCUGCACAGCGGGGACGUCGGCCAGUGGCUUCCAGUAAGAUUCUGCUUGAGUUAAACCGUUUUAAUGUCUUGUCUCCUGUAAGAGUGUAAACGCACGUUUUCUAUUGGUCAGAAUGGGACACUACGCAUCAUUGACAGGAAGAAGCACAUCUUCAAGUUGUCCCAGGGAGAGUACAUCGCUCCAGAAAAGAUAGAAAACGUCUACAUGCGGUGUGUUCCUGUGCUGCAGGUGUUUGUACAUGGAGAUAGUUUACAGGUACUGCACAAUGUGAUCCAUCGUCACCGAGAUUUCAUUGCGGAGCAGGUCAAAACUGUUGAUUUUUCUUGUGUUUCAUGUUUCCAGUCUUUUCUAAUAGGCAUAGUCGUGCCUGAUCCUGAGGUGUUUGUCGACUGGGUGAAAGAGCGAGGGAUUGUCGGAUCCUACGAAGAGCUGUGCCAGAACCCGGUACGUCUGACGGACUCUCAGACUUCAACAGAGCCGGCUACAAGUCACUGUCUGCUCAAGAUCUGACUUUGUUAUUGUUCCAACAGGAUGUGAAGAAGGCAGUAUUAGAAGACAUGAAAGCCGUGGGGAAGGAUGCAGGGCUGAAGUCUUUCGAACAAGUAAGGAGUCUUAAAGUAUCCUUCGAAUGAUGACUUGUGUUUCGUCUCGGUGUCUCACCUGUCCUUUCCUCCAGGUGAAGGACCUGCACUUGCAUCCGGAGACAUUCAGUAUCGCCAACGGCCUUCUCACUCCAACCUUGAAAAGCAGACGUGCAGACAUCCGCAGAGUCUUCCAGGAACAAAUAUCGAGCAUGUACAGCAAGACGGCAAUUUAAAGGACUUCAUUCAGUCAGUCACGCACAAUAACCGAGGGCCGCUGGUGUCUGAAAAGGGAACAGGAACCUGAGAAAAGAAAUCGAGCAGUGCCUUAUUUUUAAAACAAAUUUGGGUAUAUUUGGGGAUACUGAUAUUUUCCUUCAUGUAAGUUUUAAUUCACAUCCACUUCUUGCACAAUUAUGUUGUAACUUUUACAGAACCCGACCACAUUUCCUUUUUAAUUUCAAUCUCACUGUCGUCUUUGUCACUAAUUCAGAGUUUUGAUUCACCGGGGAUUAUUACUGAUACAUGUUUUAAGAGGUAAAAGACACUGAAGUAAUACUCCUAAUUCAAGCCGCUCUGUCAUUUCCCUGCAUGUGGAUUCUCACAGGAACACUGUCGGGUUGUUGGUGGUUAGAGUAGGAACCACUAACUGGAGCUUUGUAUUUCAUGGUUGUGGGUCAUUGGAUCGCAGAGACAUACGCUUUUCACGAGCGUCUUCAAGCUUGUGGACCAAUGGUCGUGCAUUUCUUAUCAAUUCUGAAACAUUUCAUGAAGCACCGAGAGCUUGUUUCUCCUUCACCUGGAGUUAAAUCAUGAAAACUAAUGCAAUGGUUUGUAUAGACAAAAAAAAAAAGGUCUGAACUGUAUAUAUUCCUUGGAUUAAGAUUGUUGACAAGACACUGCUGACUAAUUCCAGUAAAGUAAAAGUGAACAGAAAUAAAGUUUAGUAACAGAAAA